GAUAAGGAAGUUCAAGAAUUUGUUCUUAGUGCACCGAAACUUAUAACUUUACCAUUACAAGAUAUAAGUAAUACAUAUUUUAAUAUGAAUACACAAUUAGGUUUUGAAUAUGCUGAAUUAAAAAAAAUAUUUAAUCAAUAUGCAAAAUUAUUUAUUUAUGAUUAUAAAUUAAUUGAAUUAAAUUUUGAUUUUCUUUAUAAUGAAAUGAAUAUAACUCGACAACGUUUGAUAGAUUAUCCGCCGAUACUUAAACAAAGUUUUCAACAAUUAAGAACACGUUGUUUGUAUUUAAAAUAUUUAAAACGUCAUCAAUUUGAUCCAACGAAACCAAAUUUUGUUUCAUUGAAAGAUCUUUGUUUAAAAACAAAUGAACUUUUUUGUCAACAUGUAACAAAAACAUCUCCGGGACAUUAUCUAAAUUUCAUGAAAACGUUGUAA